AUGGAAGCCGAUGACGAAAUAACGACCGACGAUAUUCUGGAAGUGCUCGAUGAGCUUGGGGUCGGCCUGGACGAUAUUGGAGACUUAGAGGCGCUGACAAAGGCUAUAAUCGAGCUAGAAGAGGAGCCGGGGGACCGGUCAUCGUUCGGGCAUUCCGUCGAAGUCGAGCCGGGCCCUUUGCACAAGUUCGAGUCACCGCUCCGUCCGAAACACCGCGAAAGGCCAGAUGCUCUCUACACUGACCAGUUUUUGCCCUUCCCAAGGCCCUUCGAAUUUGCCGACGGCUUCCAGAUUACCGCCGAUCCAUACCUGGACCCGCUGCUCAGCCAGGCCUACGACUUGAUGGGACGUGUCUACGCCGACAUAGCGCAAAUGGACAUCGAUGAAAAGGCUUGGGAAGAGCGAAGGGCAGCACGGCGAGCUGGUCCACGAGCUCCAAAAGACAAGGAGAAUCUACCUCCUCGACCUCCCGGCUUAACCCGAUCAAAUUCCUACGAUCGGCGUGCGAACGUGGCGCCUCGGGCUCGGGUACAUCGAUUUUGCUCGACGUCAUCAGCCCCUCAAAUUGAAGAUCCCCGUCCAGCUGAAGAGCUGCCCAGGACAGCAGCCGAACUGGGACUGCGCCCAGUGCUGAAUCCGGAGCCCGGUCGAUUGGGCUAUCGCUUUGACCCCGUGCAAAAAUGGAAACUGGUGAGCGAGGAGUGGCGACGGAAUCCGCCCGUCCAUGAAAAGAAGCGGCUCGACUUGAAAUGGCGUGUCCGUGAAUAUAUGCUGCGACAGGAUGAGCCGCAACGAGAUCCCCGACUCCCCCACAAGCCCAUCCUACACGCGAAGGCCUGGUCACCUCGUCCGUACUUGGAU